CGGUGAUCCGGUCUGCCCGGUUGGUUAGGGCUCUGGUUGGGUGGAGUGCUCAAACCGAAAACCGAAAGUUAACCUACGCGAGACUGUUUGAGAAUCAAUCUUCGUAACCAGACAAAAAUACCUUCACGUUGCUGUUUUUUGUAAAGGGAAAGAAUAGUAGCAGUGUAUCUAAAGCCCACCUAAGGAGAGAGUGAGGAGGGGCCACUACUCCAAAAACGAAGCAAAGAUGGAGAAUGGCACUAAAGCAUCUUCAGGGCCGAGCUGUGUGUCUGUGAAGAGUAGCGGAUCCAUUAUUUUUAUUCCCCCUAAUCUCAGUGAUGAAGCAGAGUCUGACCCCAGGCAGCUCAGCAGAGAAUCAAACCUGCUGGAGAAGCUUGAAGACCUGCAGCAGGAUUCUCAUAUACCAGUGGAUGAUGUUCUUCAGAGAGUCAAAGACCAGCACAAAACUAGUAUGAAGAACAAGUAUGAGAGUUUUUUUGAGGGAAUCAGACUACAAGGGAAUCAAACCCUCCUAAAGAGGAUUUACACACAACUGUACAUCAUAGAAGGAGAGAGUGAAGGAGUGAAUGAGGAACAUGAGGUCUUACACAUGGAGAAAAACACCAGACAACAACACUUACAAGACACAAAAAUCUCCUGCAAUGAUAUCUUUGAACCCUUACCUGAACCAGGAUAUAAAACAGAGAAAAGAAGGAAAAAAGAAAAGAUCAAAAGUGUUCUUACUAAAGGCAUCGCUGGAAUUGGAAAAUCUGUCUCUGUACAAAAGUUAAUUUUGGAUUGGGCUGAGGGAACAGCAAAUCAGGAUGUAGAUUUCAUGUUUGUGUUUCAAUUUCGAGAACUGAACUUGAUAAAAGAUACUCAGUACAGUCUUCACAAGCUUCUGCUUGACUUUUAUCCCGAACUUCAAGAUCUAGACUCAAAGAUUUAUGAUGAGUGUAAACUUGUGUUCAUCUUUGAUGGUUUGGAUGAAAACAGAAUGACAUUGAUGUUUUCAGACAGUCAGAAAGUUUUGGAUGUGAAUAAGAUUUCUCAAGUGUCUGUGUUGAUAUCAAACAUCAUGAAAGGGGAUCUGCUUCCCUCUGCGCUCAUCUGGAUCACCACCAGACCAGCAGCAGCCAAUCAGAUUCCAUCUAAAUACAUCAACCGUGUGACAGAAAUCCAAGGAUUCAAUGACACUCAAAAGGAGGAAUAUUUCAGGAGGAGAAUCAGUGAUGAACAUCAAGCCAACAAAAUCAUCUCACAUAUUAAAAGAUCUAGAAGUCUCCACAUCAUGUGUCAUAUACCAGUAUUUUGUUGGAUCUCAUCCACUGUGCUUCAAAACAUCCUGAAACAAGACAAUAAGAGAGGAGAAAUCCCUAAAACUUUGACAGAAAUGUACAUCCACUGCCUGCUGAUUCAGACGAAUGUGAUGAAUCAGAAGUAUGAUUCUUCCAAUAGAGAUGUGAUUGUGAAACUAUCUGAACUGGCUUUCAAACAACUGAUGAAGGGUAACAUGAUGUUUUAUGAGGAGGAGCUGAGAGAGUGUGGCAUAGACAUCACUGACGCCUCAGUAUAUUCUGGGAUUUGUACUGAGAUCUUUAAGGAGGAAUAUAUGAUACAUCAGAGAAAAAUCUACUGCUUCAUACAUCUCAGCUUUCAAGAAUUCCUGGCUGCUUUCUAUUUGUUUUACCAUUAUGUCAUUAAAAAUGCUGACACAUUAAAGUUUCUUGAUGUUGUUCAUAGUCUCCAUAGAAAGACAAUAGAUGAAGCCCUUAAGAGUGAGAAUGGACAUCUAGAUCUUGUUUUGCGAUUCCUGCUGGGCAUCUCACUGGAAUCCAAUCAGAGACUCUUAAAGGAUCUACUGAAACACACUGUGGACACCUCAGAAACCAUCAGGGAAACCACACAGUACAUUAAAGAUAAAAUUAAACACGAUCAUGUCUCAGCUGAAAGAUCCAUCAAUCUCUUUCUGUGUCAGCUUGAAGUGAAUGAUCAGUCUCUGUACAAAGAGAUUGAGGAGUUUCUGAGAUCAGACAAACACUCAGAGAAGAAACUCUCAGCUGCUCAAUGUUCAGCAAUAGCCUACAUGCUUCAGAUGUCAGAGGAGGUGCUGGAUGAGCUCAAUCUGAAGAAAUACAAUACAACAGAGGAGGGGAGAAGACGACUUAUACCAGCUGUCAUCAACUGCACAAGAGCGCUACUUGCUAACUGUAAUCUCACUGGACAGUAUUGUAAUAUUGUGGCUUCAGCUCUACAAUCAUCAAGAUCUCUUCUAAAAGAGCUGGACCUGAGUAACAAUGACCUGCAAGAUUCAGGAGUAAAGCUCAUCUCUGAUGCUCUCAAGAGUGACAACUGUAAAUUAGAGAUACUGAGGUUAUCAGGUUGUAUGGUGACAGAUUCAGGUUGCUGUUAUUUGGCUUCAGCUCUGAGUUCAAACCCACUAUCAUGCCUGAAAGAGUUGGAUCUAAGCUACAAUUACCCAGAACAUUCAGGAAUUCAGAUGCUUUCUGAUAGACUCAAUGAUACAAACUGUAAACUCAACAAACUCAAUUUGGAGCACGGAGGACCUUGCAGGAUCAAACCGAGACUGAGAAAAUAUGCCUGUGAUCUCACACUUGAUCCAAAGACAGCAUGCGUUAACCUCAAACUGUCCGAGGACAACAGAAGGGUCAAAUAUGUCAAAGAUGCUUUGCCGUAUCCUUGUCAUCCAGAGAGAUUUGAAGGUAUUCCUCAGGUUCUGUGUAAAGAGAGUCUGACUGGACGCUGUUACUGGGAGGUUGACUGGGAUGUGUGGGCCCGUAUAGCAGUGAGCUAUAAAGGAAUCACCAGGAAAGAGGGAAGUAACAGUAUGUUUGGACUUCAUGAAAACUCCUGGAAUCUUUUCUGCACUGUUAACGGAUUCAACAUCUGGCACAAUAAUAUAAAUAAAGACAUAUCUAUCCUUUCACCUCCAUCUAAAAGAAUUGGAGUUUAUCUGGAUUGGUCAGCUGGCACUCUGUCCUUCUACAGCGUAUCUGAUGCACAAACACUUACACACUUACACACAGUCAAGAGUAAAUUCACUGAACCUCUCUAUGCUGGAUUUAUGGUUCAUCAUGAAGUGUCAAUUGUCAGAUUUAAAAACACUGAGUAAUCAUUCAGUUUUGUGAAUAUAGCAACUAAACUAUAUUCCAGGCCAGAAGAUAGCAUUCAUCUAGCAUUUUGUUUUUUGGAUAGUCAAGAAAAGGUUGGUUUGAAAUACAAAGCUUAAAUUGUUAUUACAUAUACAAGUAUUUGUGAAUCAUAAAGGUUUUUAUUGAAUAAUAAUUUGUUCCUCCCAAUCAAGUUUAAUGUAACUUGAUCACCACAAACAUGUAUACAUUUAAAUUCCGUUGGAACAAACAGAGCAUAUGAAAACAUUUUAAAAAUCACAUAAUGUGUUAAAUACAUGUUUAUUUUAUUAAGUCAGUUUUUUAUACUUGAAAGUGUACUUAUGUUUCAUGAAUUUUUCCUGUAAUGCUUGUAUUGGUUAAGAUUUAAACUUGUUUUUUAUGUCACUUGUUACUGUUUUCUAGGCCACGUUACUCUAGAAAUAGAUUUCCUUUUGAAUAUUGUUGAGUUUUUAACAUAAGUUACGUAAAGGGCAGAUGACUUUCUGUCAAAGUUGAUUAUUUUGUCUUAGCAAAUCAUACAUCAAUAGUCAAACAUUGAUAGGCAAUUAUCUUGGUUGUGUUUUGGAUAAUGAUUUAAGUAGUAAACAUGGUAUGGGCAAACCUAUUGCUAGAAUCAAAUCUAGGUAGCUUUUUAGAUAAAAUGGUUUAGUGUGCUUGCUGUAGGCCUUGUUCUUUGUUAUUUUGAUUAUGCUUGUAGUUCAUGGAUGAUUGAUAUUUUGUUUUUAUGGUAAAUGGUGUGGGAAAGUACACCAAAUACACCUGUUGUCAAAGGACAACUAGGACCUCAAUAAAAUAAUUAUGUAA